AUGCCCACAUUUCAAUCUGCUUCAAGAUCAGGGCUACUGCGAUCCUACUACGCCAGAUCAACCAUGUCAACUUCACAACCUUCAAAAACGGAGGAGAAUACCAAGCUGCUCGCAGAGCUACCAAAAACAAUGGCAUGGAUCCAAACGAUUCUUGAAACACCUAUCGUGAAUGAUAUGCGUGGAAUGAGCCCUCGAACAUAUUCAAUUGCUAUCGAUUUGUUACGGCGCUGCCAGAACCGGCACGUCGAAUUGCUAGGCAACAAGGAAACCACAGAGGACCCCUACCUACUGGCCUUUCGGCGCAUAAAAGCAGGCCUAGAAAGCAAAAUAAAAGCUGACCAAACAUUUCUCCCUUCACUGGUUAAGUUUCGCAACAUGAUAGACCAAAGCUUGCUGCAACCAUACACGAUCACGUUCCCCGAGCAAGACGUGCUAUGGAGCAAAGACGAGAGGACAGAAGCUGUCAAGGCGGAAGCAGAAGCAAUCAUGGCACGCAAGCAUACAGAAACUCAAGUCAUUGGAAUAUUUCUUAGCAAACCAUGGCGGAUUCUCAAGGAAGUCAUGGACAAGGAGCGAGACAGGACUGGCGAACCUGGGAAACCUCCUCCACAAAAGCCAUUGAUGGGCUUCUUUCACAAACUGGCCAUUCUCAACAUGACUACAGACUUUAGCCAACUUAGCAAUUCUCUUGAUGUGUAUCUUAAAGGGUGCAAGCGACCGCCUAUGCGAGUGCUGGAGAUGUUGGCCCGCUACAAGGCCUGGCUGGAUCUGGCACGGGCAAUUGCGGACCGGCUUAUCGCAUUGGAUAAAGAAGAAUGGCAGAAUCCACAGCUUAAGAUCAGGGCAAGAGCAAACAUUUACCAUUUUUCCCGGCGGUAUUUUCAGAUGUUUGACUGGGAUGACGAGGCCAAGACACUGAAGGGGUACAAGGUGUUGGAUCUUAUACCUUUCCCUUAG